GGCCGCCAUUGGCUGGGCCCGGCCUAGAAAACCGUGCUUGGAGGUGCUUGUCACUUUCCCAUCGCGGUGACCCGAACUGAAGGGGGCCGACCACGCCUGCCUCUUGAGCCGAAGCAUCAGGAGCGGACGUCGCAGAGCCGAAAGGGAGUUCGUAGCCGAUGUGACUGCAUAUCCGGGAGGUGGAGGCAGCCAGUCUCUCCGAGUCCCCUGGCUGCCGGCUGAGGGGUUCGUGGAGUCCGACGCACCCAAUCUCUUCCGCUUCAGGGCGGCGAGACGGUGAAGACCGCCGGGGCCCGCUGGCGCCCAGCACUGAGCGCGGGGAUGGCCACCAGGGUGCGGACCUCAGCCAUCUGGGUUCCACCUCUCCAGGAACAAGAUAGUUCAUGCAACAGAGCCCGAGAGCUCCAAGGUCAGGAGUCCAUCCUGGGUCAGGGGACUGAUGAGCAGAGGCCUCUCACUGGAGGACUGCGGCAAAGACGCGACACUCACAGGACAGAGCAGGUUCUGGAGUGGUUGUUUAUUUCCCAGGAGCAGUCAAAACCCACCCAGUCUCAGGGACCGUUGUCAUUCGUGGAUGUGUUUGUGGACUUCACCUGGGAAGAAUGGCGGCUACUGGACCCAGCUCAGAAGCACCUAUACAGGAGUGUGAUGUUGGAGAACUAUAGCCACCUGGUGUCCCUGGGGUAUCAAGAUGCCAAACCUGAUAUCAUCUUCAAGUUGGAACAAGGAGAAGAACUGUGGAUGAUGCAGACCCAAAUCCCAAGUCAAGGCCAACCAGGAAAAGCCUGGGAAAUUGAUGAUCAUGUGGAAUGGCAUCAGGAAAAUCAAGAUAAGCUGGAAAAUAUGGCAAAAGGCUACGAAUGUACAUUUGGGAAAGUAUGUCUUCUUAGUACAAAUUAUGUUUCUUCAGGAGAAAAACUUCAUAAGUAUGUCACACCUGGAACGAGAUUUAAAUAUAAUACAGAUUUCAAUAGUGAUUAUGCUGGAAAGAAUCCUAAUGAGUUUCAUGCACAUAGGGAAUCAUUCCACCAUCCUGAACACGAGCAAACUGUUAUUGGAAUAAAAUACUGUGAAAGUAAUGAAUGUGGAAAAACCAUCAACAAGAAGUCACAACUCAUAUGCCAGCAGACGUGUAUAGGAGGAAAACCUUUUGAAUGCAGUUUUUGUGGGAAGACCUUCAGCAGUAAGUCGUACCUUGCAAUGCAUCAGCAAAUUCAUCUAGAAGAGAAACCUUACAAAUGUAAGGGAUGUGGGAAAGACUUCAGUAGUAAGUCCUACCUCACUGUCCAUCAGAGGACUCACACAGGAGAGAAAUUCCAUCAAUGUAGUGAAUGUGGGAAAUCCUUCAGCUUCCAUUCACAACUUGUCAUACAUCAGAGAAUCCACACAGGUGAGAAUCCCUAUGAAUGCUGCAAAUGCAGAAAAGUAUUCAGUAGGAAAGACCAGCUUGUUUCACACCAGAGAACUCAUUCAGGACAGAAACCUUAUGGUUGUAAUGAAUGUGGUAAGGAUUUUGGUUUGAAGUCACAGCUUGUUAUACAUCAAAGAAUUCAUACAGGAGAGAAACCCUUUGAAUGUAGUGAAUGUCAGAAAGCCUUUAAUACAAAGUCAAACCUUAUGGUACAUCAGAGAACCCAUACAGGGGAGAAGCCCUAUGGUUGUAGUGAAUGUGGAAAAGCCUUCACUUUCAAGUCACAGCUCAUUGUGCAUCAGGGGGUUCACACAGGAGUAAAGCCCUAUGGGUGCAUUCAGUGUGGGAAAGCCUUCAGUUUGAAAUCUCAGCUUAUUGUGCAUCAGAGAAGUCACACAGGAAUGAAACCUUACGUAUGCAGUGAAUGUGGCAAAGCCUUCAGAAGCAAGUCAUACCUCGUUAUACAUAUGAGAACUCACACAGGAGAGAAACUCCAUGAAUGCAGUGACUGUGGGAAAGCUUUCAGUUUCAAUUCACAACUCCUUAUACAUCAGAGGAUUCACACAGGAGAGAGUCCAUAUGAAUGCCAUGAAUGUGGGAAAGCCUUCAGUCGGAAAUACCAGCUCAUUUCACACCAGAGAACCCAUGCUGGGGAAAAGCCCUAUGAAUGCAGUGACUGUGGGAAAACUUUUGGUUUGAAAUCACAGCUCAUUAUACAUCAGAGAACUCAUACAGGAGAAAAACCCUUUGAAUGCAAUGACUGUAGCAAAGCCUUUAAUACAAAGUCAAACCUUAUUGUACAUCAGAGGACUCAUACAGGGGAGAAGCCCUAUGGUUGUAGUGAAUGUGGAAAAGCCUUUACUUUUAAGUCACAGCUCAUCGUACAUCAGGGAGCACACACUGGGGUAAAACCCUAUGGAUGUAAUCAAUGUGGAAAAGCCUUUAGUUUGAAGUCACAGCUCAUUGUGCAUCAGAGAAGUCACACUGGAGUGAAACCCUACGGAUGCAGUGAAUGUGGAAAAGCCUUCAGGAGCAAGUCUUACCUCAUCAUACAUAUGAGAACUCACACAGGAGAGAAACCACAUGAAUGUAAUGAAUGCGGGAAAUCCUUCAGUUUCAAUUCACAACUCAUUGUACAUCAGAGAAUUCACACAGGAGAAAAUCCCUAUGAAUGCAGUGAAUGUGGAAAAGCCUUUAAUAGGAAAGAUCAGCUCAUUUCCCAUCAGAGAACUCAUGCAGGGGAAAAACCUUAUGGAUGUAGUGACUGUGGCAAAGCCUUUAGUAGUAAAUCCUAUCUCAUUAUACACAUGAGAACUCAUUCAGGAGAGAAACCAUAUGAAUGCAACAAAUGUGGGAAGGCCUUCAUUUGGAAGUCAUUACUCAUUGUACAUGAGCGAAUUCAUGCAGGGGAGAGCCCUUAUAAAUGUAGUCAGUGUGAGAAAUCCUUCAGUGGAAAAUUACAGCUCAUUGUACAUCAAAGAAUGCACACAAGAGAGAAACCCUAUGAAUGCAGUGAAUGUGAGAAAGCCUUCAUUAGGAAGUCUCAGCUCAUUGUACAUCAGAGAACUCAUUCAGGGGAGAAACCUUAUGGAUGCAACGAAUGUGGGAAAACCUUCUCUCAGAAAUCAAUCCUCAGUGCACAUCAGAGGACUCACACAGGAGAGAAACCCUGUAAAUGCACUGAAUGUGGAAAAGCCUUCUGUUGGAAGUCACAGCUCAUUAUGCAUCAGAGAACUCAUGCAGAUGAAAAGCAUGUUGAGUUAAAUAUAAGAAACUUUCUUCCCAAAAUCAGUUCAUAGGAAAUACCCGAAGAUUCAUAUAGAAGAGAAACUCUAUAAAUGAAAUCAUCUCAUUGUACAGCAGAAAACUAAUAUUGAAUAGAAACCUAUGGAUGGACAGCAUGUGCAGGGGCACCCAUAGAAAGCUGCUUUUUACUCAUAAAAGAAACCCCAGUAAAUGCACACAGGAAUGUUAUGAAUUCAAUGAAUCUUGUGAAAGUUUUCAGCAGCAAGCCAUACCUUUUUAAAAGUUUGUACAGGUGAGGAGCUGUAUCAAUGAACCAAAUGUUUGAAAGUUAUUUUUUUUUUACUGUGAUAAAAUUUGCAAAGAUGAAGUUUCAUAAAGCAAGUGAAUCUAGAACACAGUCCUUUAAAAUUCUUAUUAAAUAGUAGGAUUUUUUAAAAACAGGAUUGUAAUGAGAGAAAAUGGAAAGCCAACAAAUGGCAGAAUUAUCAAAAUCACACACACUUUAGAUAUCAGAAGCUCAUACCUUGGAGAAAUCAUACUCUAAAUGAGGGAAAUUCUUCAUCUAGGAAAGACAAACUUCCAUUUAAAAAUUACUAAUAUAUGAAUGAAGAUCUAUGAAUAUAUCAGAUGGGGUAACAAAACCCUCAGUAGAAAGGUUCCCUUCACUGUUAUUUUGAUUAAUUUGGAAAAUAAUUUCCUUUACAAAUUAUUAUGGGGGAAAUUGUGUUCCAGAUGUUCCAUAUUGUUAGGAAAGGGUUGGAGAAAACACUCAACUGUAAUUGCUAGGCAUGUUCAAAAUGAAAUGAAGUUGGUAUUUUUUCUUUUUCUUUUUUUUUUUUUACAGUGUAAAUAAAUGUAAUCAGGAUAACGAGAAAUAUAUCUUAAGAUCUACAGGAAUAUUCAGAUGUUGUCUUCCUUUGUCCUAUGUGAGUUUUGUGUAGUUUGGCAUUUUACUUGUUAAUGUCACAUGUGAGAGGUACGUUAGAUACAUGCCAUCGUCCAGGGACUUGUGCUUUGUGUAGCAACAUUGUUUUUAACAAAUACAACUUGUUACUAGAAUAAUAUGAUUUAUUAAAAUUAAAUUUCAAUACCACAAUCCCUUUCUGCUAUUUCGUGCCCUUUGUAAGUGGGCAUGGCAACUAUCUCUUUAGGUAUAUACAUCUGCAUAGUGCAUGCAGGAAUCUGUUCUGCCCUCACCAGUUUGAACAUCUUGAUUUUCACUAAGAUAAUCUCUCACACUGUAUGAGGUCAUGAUGGGAUCAUCAUUCAAGGUGCCCUGCCAAGGACCUGGCAUGAUCAUCAAACUAGGCUGAGAUAUUUAUUCCAGACUUCAAAUUUCUACUGGACUCCCUAAGUACCAAAAAGCAAACUCACCUUUUGUUUUCUGGUAACAUUUCCUGUAAUUAUUAAUUAGUUCCUUCUAUGUAGACUACCUAGGAUAGCUUUAGCUAUUGCCACUUUAAAGUUCUAGUUCACUUGUCUUUUUCUUUGAAUUAUCUGGUAUGUGUUUAAGGGAUAGAUUUCAGUGACGCUGCUGAAAGAAAACAUACCUCAUUUUAUUGUGCUUUCCAAGUAAUGCUUUUUUUUUUCUUUCCAAUCUGAAGGCUUGUGACAACCUUGCAUUGAGCAAAUUUGCUUACUUUUGUUUGUGUCACAUUUUAGUAAUUCUGGCAAUAUUUCAUAGUUUUUUCAUUACUUAUGUUGAACUGUGGUCAUUGAUUAUGAUUUUUCUGAGAGCUCAGCAUGUUUUAGCAAUAUAUAUAUUUUUUCUUAUGAUAGUCACAGAGAGAGAGAGAGAGAGAGAGGCAGAGACACAGGCAGAGGGAGAAGCAGGCUCCAUGCACCGGGAGCCCGAUGUGGGACUCGAUCCCGGGUCUCCAGGAUCACGCCCUGGGCCAAAGGCAGGCGCCAAACUGCUGCGCCACCCAGGGAUCCCUGUUUUAGCAAUAUUUUUAAUUAAGGUGUGUACCCUGCUUUUUUUUUUUUUUAGACAUAAUGCUUUUAUACACGUACUAGACUACAGUGUAGUGUAAACAUGACUUUUAUAUACAUUGAGAAACUGAAAAAAUUUCAUUUGACUUGUUUUAUUGCCACAUUUGCUUCAUUGUGGUGGUCUGGAAUGAACCUGUAAUAUUUCCAAGGUAAUACCUGAAUGUACAGCUGCAGAGGCAGGGUGGUAAGAAGUCAUUCUGCCUAUUGCUUUCCUACAAAGUCAGUUUUCCUCACCAGUUUCCUUACGUGAAAGAACAUUUACCUGGAAAGAGUUGGGACCAUGGCAUUCAGGAUGUUGUCAGAAGAAUGUGACUAUUCCAAACUGCAGACAUUUCUGAAACAUCCUGCACUUCCUUUGUAUUUCACAAGGGAAUCCCAUCUUUUACUCAAAGAAAUGGUUCUUUGUAGGAGGUAUUUAAUGAUUUCUGAAUGUCUGGUCCGUACUUUGUUCAGCUCAAUAUACAAGAUCCUACCAGCGGUUAGCCCCAGGGUAGUUUACAGAAGGGAAGCGAAAGCUUGCAGAGAGAAGAAAUGCCAGGUAUUUGCUAAAAUAUAUACCCUAAAUCUGGAAAAUAUGAAUGUUUUUGUCAUGCAUGUUCUGAGAAGAUUCACACAUAAUAAGUGAACAGCUAAGAAGAAGUCUAUAUUCAGUUUACUACUGCCCAGUGUCAAUUAGAUUUUAAAGGUUUCUGUAUUGUGUGAUGCAAACCCACAUGCAACCUUGCCCAGGAGAAGCCAGAAAUGUUGACAUAAUGAUGAUAGAAGUCAAGUUCUGUGUGAAAAGCUAAUGCUAACAAUCUUAAGUGAAAAUUUGGAGUGCUUGGCUGGCUCAGUCUGUGGAGGGUGCAACUCUUGAUCUUAAGGUUGUGAGUUCAAGCUCCACGUUGGAUGUAGAGAUUGCCUUAAAGAAUAAAGUCUUUUAAAAAAAGAAAAGAAAAUUAACCAGAUAAAUGAAAUGUAACAGAAUGACUCGAUCUACAAAUAGUAAACAAAAAGAAAAAGUAAAAAAUUGAAUGGCUUUAAGAUCUGUUCUUUCUAAACCCAUGCAAGCCUCAAAGCAGGAAGAAGCUCCAGAGACUUUCUGUAGUAGCUGAUAAUUCUUGGGAAAAUUCAAGGAUCAAUAAUCCAGCACUUUAUAAUUUCCCCCCAAGAAUUGACAUGUGAGGGAUAAAUUACUUGGAAUUCAUAUUUGUGAACAUAGUUUGAAAUAUAGUAAAUGUAAUUGUAGCAAAAUGAA